AUGUUUUUGUCCUCGUUUCAGGGUUUAGGAAGGUGCCCUUUACAGUGCGACACAGAUCAGUUUUGUUUCCUUAACACUGUGAUAUUAUCUUCUGAGAUUGCUUAGUUUCUUCUAAUUCAUACGGUUUAGUUUUUUUUUCCAUAAUCAAGUAAUCUCUCACUCAGUCUCUCUCUCUUUUUUUUGUUCGCUUCCAGCAUGCCAUGCUUUAUGUAGCAGCAACAGCAGUGGUAGCUCAGGCUCAGUUCAGGCUGUUCUUCCUAAGACUGUGGUCACAGAUUCACUGAUGCAUGGGGUGAUGAAACUGGCAUCCCAGGUUGCCCCUGACAACAGCAGCAUCCACAGUCUGGCUUUCUCACUGCUGGCCAACCUGGCCAUCUCAAGGGACUGCAAAUGGGUACUGCUGAAGAGUAACUUCCUGCAGCACUUCCUGUCCCUCCCCAUGCCUAAGGCAGGUGGUCGAAGCGGCAGUCUGGCGGCGGAGUCUUUCUCCCUCUGGCUCAAGCUGUUGCUGAACGUGUCAUUCGGGGAGGACGGACAGCAGAUGAUCUUCAGGCUCAGAGGGGCUUUGGAGAUGCUGGUCGGACUGGCUCUGUCCAAACACUCCAGCUCUAAAGCCACCAUCCUGCUUAUUCUCCACAACAUCUGCUUCUGCUCUGCUAACAAGCCCAAAGUCUUAGUAUGA